GCGAUGUGUUUACCUAUGUGUCAUCUAUAGACAGCGCCUCCGAACAUCACAAUCUACGAGGAAAAAUAAUAAUAAUAUGUGCCUCCAUCGGCUCUCUACUCUCUGCUUUUUGUGCCUGUAAUGUCCUCCUCCUGCGCCCCUGCGUGACCGUGAACGCCUCACCAUGUCAUCUUCAAGUUACACCUGCGUCCAGGACAGCGCCACAGAGAAGGAAAGGCUGCUCUCCUCCGUAUCUGGCUAUGGGUCCCAGGAUCUUCUUGGAAGUGGGAGCUCCCGCCCUUCGGGCCUGGUGGGCUCCGAGCUGCUCCAGCAACAGGAGGAAGAAGAGGAGGAGGCCCUGAGGAGGAAACUCAAGUACUUCUUCAUGAGCCCUUGUGACAAGUAUCACGCAAAGGGGCGCAAGCCUUUCAAACUGGGCCUGCAGCUGCUCAAAAUCGUCAUUGUGACUGUGCAGUUGGUGAUGUUUGGACUGAGCAACCAGAUGGUUGUGACAUUUCAAGAGGAAAACACGGCGGCAUUCAAACACCUUUUCCUGAAGGGUUAUAAGGACAAAGCCCCCCACGCUGUCCACACGCAGAUGGAGAUGCGCAGCCACAUCCACUUUGCCAUAAAGCAGUACUUGACUCUACCUCAGAUCUCGCUGGGACGGUACGCAUACGUGCUGGGCGUCGGUGUUAACGAAAGCGCGCUCUCCCUCUGCCAGAGGUACUAUCGGAGGGGCACCAUCGACCCCGUCAAUGACACGUUCGACAUCGACCCACAUGUUGUCACGGAUUGCGUUGGGGUGAAUCCACCGCCUCACGGCUCUGCUCCAGGAAACAGUGACUACAAGAAUUUCACUCUCAUGUUUUACAAGUUGAUCAACGUAACCAUUGACUUCCAGCUGAAGGCCAUCAACAUUCAGACCAUUAUAAACAAUGAAAUUCCCGACUGCUACACCUUUGCCAUCACGAUUGUGAUGGAUAACAGGGCUCACAGCGGUAAAGUUAAGAUCAGCCUUCAGAACCAGGCCUCUAUUAAGGAGUGUAAAGACCCUAAUGUGUCCGGGCACGCGGAGAACUAUGCGCGGGAGUUCUUUGAUGUGCUGGUGGCCAUCGUCUGCCUGCUGUCCCUGGUGCUGUGCGGGCGCUCCAUCCUCAGAGGCAUCCUCCUGCAGCAUGAGUACGUGCAGUUUUUCAAACACAAACUGGGUCGCAGCGUGAGCUGGGGAGACAGGAUGGAGUUCAUCAACGGCUGGUAUAUUCUGCUCAUCGUCAGUGACGUGUUCACCAUCAUCGGCAGCUUCAUCAAAAUUGGGAUCGAGUCCAAGGAUCUGUCAUCAUAUGAUGUGUGUGGAAUCUUGCUGGGAACCUCCACUCUGCUGGUGUGGGUGGGAGUCAUCCGCUACCUCAGCUUCUUUCAAAAGUACAAUAUCUUGAUUGUGACUCUAAGAGCCGCUUUUCCCAACGUUAUCCGCUUCUGCUGCUGUGCGGCCGCCAUUUAUCUGGGAUAUUGCUUCUGUGGAUGGAUAGUGCUGGGGCCCUACCACACAAAGUUCCGCUCCCUGUCCACGGUGUCAGAGUGCCUGUUUUCUCUGAUCAACGGUGACGACAUGUUUGUAACAUUCGCUGAGAUGGAGCAAAGCGGCACGCUGGUGUGGACCUUCAGCCAGAUCUACCUUUACACCUUCAUCUCCCUCUUCAUCUACAUGGUGCUGUCCCUCUUCAUCGCACUCAUCACCGGAGCGUACGACACCAUCAUGGCCCAAACACAGGAGCAGGUACACAUCACAGAUCUACAUGCAUUCAUUGCACAGUGCACGGACACGCCCAGUUCUGGCAAGUUCCGUGAGCCUGAAGCCUCGUCGUGCUCCUUCCUGUGCUGCUGUGAGUGGUGAGGACAGUGAUCCAGUGGCUGCACAGAGGGAGUAAGAGCAGCGUGUAUGUAGAAGGACACGAUAGUCGUCGUCUCCCCCGCCUCCUUCCCCUGCCUCUUUAAAGCACCAUAUUUCCACUCCAGUGACAGCUGUCUGCUAUUGUACUCCUUUUUUCCAGACACCCAGCAGGGCCAAUUCAUGUCUUGAGAGUGAACUGACUGACCUUGGACUGCUUUGUCCCCUGUUGACCCUGUUUGAAUUUUGCAUCUCAAUUUGUGCUGGAAUGGUAGAUUGCACUGAAGACUUAGAAACCCAAUUACCUGCUUCAGCUUUUGUACUGUACUGUAUGAAUAAUUUAUUACAUCUUUCUGAAUGUCAGGUUGGUAGGGCUUUGAUGACUAGAAGCAUAAUGUCAGUAAACACAUUCACCGCAAUAGCCUGGACACCAGGUCUAUCGGGCAAAAUUAGGACACACUUUCACUUGAAUGAUCCACCAUUUACAGGGUUUUCAUUAUCAUUUUAUUGUUCGCAUGGCCACUUAGGCAAAAAAGAUUUUCGUGCCUCUUGAUUAUGUAAAUAUAUGUAUGUCUUGUGGAUUUUAGGCAUAAAUUGGGGGAAAAAGACUGACCAUGAACCGCUGUACAUGUGCGUUAGCCAGCAUAUUCAGUCAAGGCCGUUCUUCCACUCCAGUUCAAUUUUCCUGCUCCUCAUCUCCAUUGUUCACAUCCUCGUGUGGCUGGAAGGAGAUGAUAGCUGCACGAGGAAGAACAAGCCCCGCGGCCAACCAGCUAGUCAUCAAUAUGUAUGAACCCUUUCUGCUAUAAGGUGCCAGGUGUAGGUCUGUGCUAAUGCACUGCGAGGCAGAGUGCGCUUCACUAGAGCACGUUAGGUGACUGCCUUACAAAGACACGGUAACUGCUGAAGAAGAGAAAUCAUUUUAUACCUUUUUAGGCUCAUUGGUAGUAGACCUUUUUUUUUUUUUGUACAGCAGUCAUUUUGUAAUAAAACAGAUAAACGAAGGUGAAGGUUUUUUUUUUUUCCAGUAAUACUCAUGUUUAUCUGCUGCCAGUGAAAAAACACAGUGCAUUGAUUCUCCUUACUUCUCUUGGUCAUUUGAACCAGAGACUUUGCUUAAUAAUGUAAAAAUACAUUUAAAUAUGUGAUUUAAUUGUAGCUCAAUCACAUGAAAUCAAUCCCCUAAAGGCUCCUGAAACUCUAUUUACUGCUGCUCUGCUAAGCUAAGCUAAUUUUGUUUCAGGAGCCGAUGUUGAUUGGGUAUUACUUUCUUCUCCAUUAUUUCAUAUCAUUUUGAUAUUGACUCAUUUUUGUGCAGUAAUAAGUACUAAGGUACUAAGAUGUUGGAAAAUCAAACAACACUUCUCACUGAUAGCUUAAUUAGCUUUAACUAGGCAGUUAAAGCUAAUUGAGCUAAUUUGGUAGUAGACUUCUUUUUUUUUUUAGCUCAUCCAGCUGCUUUACUGUUACAAGACUUUGGUUUUAAGUAUUAUUGUUCAUUUUUAAUGCUCUUUUCCCUUAAUUAGAUAGUUGUACAGUAUAACAGAUUGGUAGGGGAAAAUCAAGUGUCAGUCCUCAUAUUUUCUUUCUUACAUUUGUUAAAAUAUAUGGUUAGGAAUUCCACCUUUGUAUGGUAGUUUGUACUGUAGGGAGCACAGUUGUGUCUUUAUUUUGUAAAAUGUUAACUUAGGCUCUUUUCAUUGAAACUGUGUGCAAAAUGGUUAAUUUAUGUUAUCAAUGAAUGGAUUAGGGCAUCUCUAGGUCAUCCCUUCUUGAAGUUCUUCUAUAUAAACUUGAAGUGGUCAUGAAGAUGCAGCAUGCUGCUUAAGGUCAUAUGAAGGUCAUAUGAGGAACGAUUUUCACCAGCUGAACAAAAACUGGAUCAGGAUGAAAGGGAACACGGGUUUGGAAAUGAGACAGAUUAUUGUGAGCUGCCUCGUUUACUUUGUUUACAGUUGUAAAGGGAGAGUGUUCUUUUGUGCACACUUAUUUAUUUCCUCUUAAUUAAAGUCCGAUGUACAGCUUGUAAUUGUGAUUUAAAUGUGUCACGUAGGAGCUGUAUAUCACAGCGGAACAAUGCAUUAUAAAUCGAAGGCGCCUGUUGGUGUUCUCCUGACACUUGUGGAGAAGCUCUUUAAGACUGUUUUGAUUUAACUGCUGCUCAGUGUGUUUGUUUGCUUUUUUUUCUUUUUUAAAAAUGCUGUCUUAAUUCUUUUUUACCUCAUUUUAAGAAGGUGCAAGAUUGCUGAGAGAUUUGUACAGGUUUUUACCUUCUUUUGUGUGAAGAUGCUGUCUUCUCAAA